GGGGCGUGUCCCUCGUCGCCCGCCGUAGCCCGGCGCCGGCGGCUCGCGGUCCAAGAUGGCGGCUGCGCGAGCGGUUCCCGCUGCGGGCUGAGACGGAGGCGGAGCGGCGUCCCCAGCACCGGGCCCCGGGGUCGCGCCGGCCUGCAGCUCCCGGCCGCCCGGCCAUGCGGGGCUGCGCGCACGGAUGAGAGAGGCCGCCGCCGCCGCGCUGGAGCCCCCGCCCGCCCCGGCUGAGGCCGCCGCCGCCAUGGAGGAGCCGCCGCCGCCCGAGCCCGAGCCCGAGCGUUGCCGGUCGACCAGGCAGGAGAGCCCUGUGGGAGAGCCCCCCCGUAAGGACUCGGACUCCGACUCGGACCCUGCAGACUCCUCAGACGAGGCCAGCACAGAGAGCCUGUACGGCACCUCUCCCCCCAGCACACCGCGUCAGAUGAAACGCAUGGCGGCCAAGCACCAGCGGGGCGGUGUGGGGAGGCCUGCCGCCCGGGCUGGGCCGAAAGAGAAGGCGAGUGUGGCCGGCCCACCUGCACACCGGGAGCCUGGGGAGCCCACCGAGCCCACGGACAGCCAUGCCUCUAGGCAGGAGCGCAAGCAGCGGGCCGCCCUGCGCAGCACGGAGCGCGACCACAAGAAGAGCCUGCAGUGCUCCUUCGUGCUGGACGCGGCGGUCGGCCCGCUGCCCGCGAAGCCCAUCCCCGACGUGGACCUGCACAAGCCCUACCUCAGCCUGGGCUGCAGCCACGCCAAGCUCCCGGUGUCCCUGCCCAUGUCCAUCCCCAGGGCGGCCCGCCAGACCUCCAGGACCGACUGCCCGGCCGACCGCCUCAAGUUCUUCGAGACUCUGCGGCUGCUGCUCAAGCUCACGUCGGUGUCCAAGAAGAAGGACCGCGAGCAGCGCGGCCAGGAGAGCACGUCGGCCUUCUGGUUCAGCCGCUCCAACGAGCUCAUCUGGCUGGAGCUGCAGGCCUGGCACGCCGGCCGCUCCAUCGGCGACCAGGAUCUCUUCCUGUACACGGCCCGCCAGGCCAUCCCUGACAUCAUCAGCGAGAUCCUGGCCUUCCGCGUGGACUAUGGUGGCGCCGGCGGGCCGGGCGGCCCGGGCCAGCUGCACCUGCGGCGCCAACGCGUGGCCCUGGCGCAGGUGCGGCGAGUCAUGGAGCUGCUGGAGUACAUGGAGGCGCUGUACCCGUCGCUGCAGGCCCUGCAGAAGGACUACGACAGGUACGCGGCACCCGACUUCCAGGACAGGGUGCAGGCGCUCUGCCUGUGGCUCAACGUCACACAGGACCUGGACCAGAAGCUGCGCAUCAUGGGCACCGUGCUGGGCCUGCAGAACCUAGCAGAUGUUGGCUGGCCGGUGUGCCGAGCGCCCCCACCACGUGCCUCGGGGGAUCCCGGGGACACCUCCGAGGACGCGGAGGCGGGGCUGCGGGAGCCUGGCGGCAGCGCGGAAGAGAGCGAGGGCGAGCAGGCCUGCGACACCUGGUGCGGGAGGCGGGGAUCCGGGGACGGCCCCCCGGGCUGGAGCGGCCGCUGCCUGACUUCCGUGUACCGGCCGUUCGUGGACAAGGCGCUGAAGCAGAUGGGCCUGCGCAAGCUCAUCCUGAGGCUGCACAAGCUGAUGGAUGGCUCCUUGCAGAGGGCGCGCGCUGCGCUGCUCAGUACGCAGCCCGUGGAGUUCUCCGAGUUCCCAGCCGCCAUGUGGGGUUCUGACUACGUGCAGCUAUCCGGGCCGCCCCCUGCAGAGCAGGACAGCAGUGGCUCCUGGGCCGAGCUCCGCGCCAUGGACCUGCCCUCCUUCGAGCCCGCCUUCCUGGUUCUCUGCCGGGUCCUCCUCAACGUCAUCCACGAGUGUCUGAAGCUGCGUCUGGAGCAGAGGCCUGCCGGAGAGCCGUCCCUCCUGAGCAUCAAGCAGCUGGUGAGGGAGUGCAAGGAGGUGCUGAAGGGUGGGCUGCUGAUGAAGCAGUACUACCAGGUGAUGCUACGCAACGUCCCACGGGAGCCGGGCCACAGCGCCUGCAACAUCGACGCCUUCCAGGAGGACCUGCACAAGAUGCUCAUGGUCUACUUUGAUUACAUGAGAAGCUGGAUCCAAAUGCUACAGCAGUUACCUCAGGCCUCCCAUAGCUUAAAAAAUCUGCUAGAAGAAGAAUGGAAUUUCACCAAAGAGAUAACCCACUACAUCCGAGGAGGAGAAGCCCAGGCCGGGAAGCUCUUCUGUGACAUUGCAGGCAUGCUGCUGAAGUCCACAGGCGGUUUUCUGGAGUCUGGCUUGCAGGAGAGCUGUGCCGAGUUCUGGAGCAGUGCGGAUGACAGCAGCGCUUCUGACGAGAUCAGGCGGUCUGUGAUCGAGAUCAGCAGAGCACUGAAGGAGCUCUUCCACGAGGCGAGAGAAAGGGCCUCCAAAGCGCUGGGCUUUGCCAAGAUGCUGAGGAAGGACCUGGAGAUAGCAGCAGAGUUCAUCCUCUCGGCUCCGGUCAGAGACCUGCUGGAUGCUCUCAGAUCGAAGCAGUACGUGAAGGUCCAGGUGCCCGGGCUGGAGGGCCUGCAGUUGUUCGUCCCCGACGUGCUGGCCAAGGAGAAGGGCCUCGUGCUGCGCUUACUCAACGCAGCCGCGGGGAAGGAUUGCUCCAAGGACGCCGAUGACGUGCUCCUGGAUGCCUACCUGCUGCUGACCAAGCACAGCGACCAUGGGCUCGAGCCCGGGGACGGCGGGGCCGCCUGGGAGGGCCUGGCCGUCAGGGUACUGCCUCAGGUGGAGACGCUGGACACACUGCGGACAAUGCAGGUGGACAAUGUCCUGCUGAUUGUCACACAGUCAGCUCACCUCACCAUCCUGAGGAAGGCCUUCCAGCAGGCCAUCGAGGGGCUCCUGACCCUCCGCCAGGAGCAGACGUCCAGCCAGCCGGUCACCGCCCAGGCUCUGCAGCAGCUGAAGAAUGAUGCCUUAGAGCUUUGCAACAGAAUAAGUGACGCCAUUGACCGCGUGGACCACAUGUUCACUUCAGAAUUCGAUGCUGAAGUCGAAGAGUCGGAAUCUGUCACCUUGCAGCAGUACUACCGAGAAGCAAUGAUCCAGGGCUACAAUUUUGGGUUCGAGUACCAUAAGGAGGCUGUUCGUUUAAUGUCUGGAGACUUUAGACAGAAGAUAGGAGACAAAUAUAUCAGCUUUGCCCGGAAGUGGAUGAAUUACGUCCUGACCAAGUGUGAGAGCGGGAGAGGUACCAGGCCCAGGUGGGCAACUCAAGGUUUUGACUUUCUUCAAGCCAUUGAACCUGCCUUUAUUUCGGCUUUACCAGAAGAUGACUUCUUGAGUCUGCAAGCCCUGAUGAAUGAAUGUAUCGGGCAUGUGAUCGGAAAGCCACACAGUCCUGUUACAGCCAUUCACCGGAACAGCCCCCGGCCCGUGAAGGUACCACGAUGCCACAGCGACCCUCCGAACCCCCAUCUGAUCAUCCCGACGCCAGAAGGAUUCAGCACUCGGAGUGUGCCUUCAGACUCACGGAGCCACUGCAGCCCCUCUGCUGCCUCGGCUACUGCUGCCUGCCGCCCCAGCCCCGCGGGCAGUGACCCUGCGUCCAGGCCCACCGGCAGUGCCCAUGACACCAGGGGCUCCAGUGUGCCUGAGAAUGACCGGCUGGCCUCCAUCGCCACAGAGCUGCAGUUCCGCUCCCUCAGCCGCCACUCCAGCCCCACGGAGGAGCGCGACGAGCCAGCAUACCCCAAAACGGAUUCCAGCGGGUCUGCCCGGAGAAGCUGGGAGCUUCGGACGCUCAUCAGUCAGAACAGGGACUCCUCCUCUAAGCACGGGCCCAUGGAAGCCAUCCAGAAGUCGGUGCGGCAGUUUGAGGAGAAGAGGCACCGAGAGAUGCGGAGAAAGAACAUCAUCGGCCAGGUCUGCGACACCCCGAAGUCCUAUGAUAACGUCAUGCAUGUGGGCUUGAGGAAGGUGACCUUCAAGUGGCAGCGAGGAAACAAGAUAGGGGAAGGGCAAUACGGGAAGGUCUACACCUGCAUCAGUGUGGACACUGGGGAGCUGAUGGCCAUGAAGGAGAUCCGCUUUCAGCCUAACGACCACAAGACUAUCAAGGAGACCGCUGACGAGCUGAAGAUCUUUGAGGGCAUCAAGCACCCCAACCUGGUGCGCUACUUUGGGGUGGAGCUCCACAGAGAGGAGAUGUACAUCUUCAUGGAGUACUGUGAUGAGGGCACCCUGGAGGAGGUGUCCCGCCUGGGCCUGCAGGAACACGUCAUUCGCCUAUACUCCAAACAGAUCGCCGUGGCCAUCCACGUCUUGCACGAGCACGGCAUCGUCCACCGCGACAUCAAGGGGGCCAACAUCUUCCUCACCUCCUCCGGCCUCAUCAAGCUGGGCGACUUCGGGUGCUCCGUGAAGCUCAAAAAUAUUGCGCAGACCAUGCCUGGGGAAGUCAACAGCACCCUGGGGACGGCAGCGUACAUGGCUCCAGAGGUCAUCACUCGGGCCAAGGGAGAGGGCCACGGGCGCGCGGCCGACGUCUGGAGCCUCGGGUGUGUCGUCAUAGAGAUGGUCACAGGCAAGCGGCCUUGGCACGAGUACGAGCAUAACUUUCAGAUCAUGUACAAGGUGGGCAUGGGCCACAAGCCACCCAUUCCUGAGCGGCUGAGCCCAGAAGGGAAGGACUUCCUCUCUCACUGCCUGGAGAGUGAGCCGCGGGCGCGCUGGACGGCCAGCCAGCUCCUGGACCACUCUUUCGUCAAGGUGUGUACGGAUGAGGAGUGAAGCUUGCCACGGAUGGCCAUCCCCUCCCACGUGGGACAUUGCAGACACCCCAGCGCCAGCCCUGCCCAGAGGUGAUGCCGGCCCAGCCGCUGGCCCAGCCGGGUGGCACGCCCGGUACCCAGUGCCAUUACUACUGUCCUGCCGGGCGGGGUGCAGCGCCCGGACCUCAGGGCGCCGACAAGGGAACUCAAGAAAAAGGUUUUUUUUUUUUUUUUCAAUAAAUGGUUUAUUUUAGGAAAGCA